AUGAUCAUAAUCUAAUAUAUAAAACUAACUGCUGACAAAAAGAAGAAACAAGAUUUGUUUUAGUUCUAAAUAGUGGUUUUAUAAAAUAGAUAAAAUGAAAUUCAAUUUGGAUAAUAGGAGAGAGAAAAAUUAUUAGAGAAGGCUGAAAAGAAAUUUAAAGAUUCAGAAGAUAAAUGGGGACAUAUUCCUUAACAUUUGUAUGAAUAUUUGAGUGAAGUAAUAAAUGUAAAACUGUUAAAAACAAGAUUUGCAUAUGAAGAUUGUGGUGCUGGUGUAAUUUUUGAUAAUUUUUAAUCUAAAUAUUUGCCUGAUGAAUUAGAUUUGAUGAAAUGUAUAAUGGAAAUAAAUUCCAUUUAUAAAUAGUUGCGUCAAAGAAAUAAUAUGAUCAAUAUGGUUUUGAGAUUCAGAAAUUGA